AUGAUCAAAAAAAUCAUAAUUAUAAAGAAGAAAAAAUUCAAAUAAUCUUUCCCAUUACCUCAUCAUAAGUGUAAGGGAAAAAUCUUAGUAAUCGUUCAGACUCUGCUAUAGCCAUCCAUGAUAAUUAUUUGUAUUUGUAUGGGGGAUAUCAGUAAGCUGAAGGCAUUUUGUAAGACUUUUAUAAACUCAAUAUAAAUAAUGAUACCUAUGUUAGGCAAAUAUAUAUCAUAAAAUGCGAAUAUGAGCCUGGUCCUCGCUGUCGCCAUUCACUUUAUGCUUUCAAGGGUUGUCUUUAUUCGGAGGAUAAAUAUAAUAAUUAGAAUCACAAUCACGCUAUAGCUGAUUCUAUAUCCAAAAUGA